AUUUUUUCCCAUGCAGUUCCAGGCGGUGGUCGUGGCCGCGACGGCAGCGGCGGCGGCAAUGGCCCAAACGGGGGCAAUUUUGCCCAAGUGUGAACCUAAUGUGUCUACAGCAUUCGACUUAAAGAUGAAGAACCAGACGCUUGUGUGCACAAAAGACCAGAACACGACGGGGUCCCUCGUCAGCAUGCUCUCGGACGUGAAUUUGUUCUGUGCGACCCCGACAUGCCUCAAGAUGCUCAACGAGACGCAAGCGAUGGCCGCGGUUUGCCGUCCGAAUUCAACGACGUUGCUCCCAACCAAGUUUUGCGACUCGGAAUGCCGCCAAAAGGUCACGACGAUGCAGCUCUAUUCGAAGAAUUGUUUUGAAGUCGCGACCAAAAACACCAUCACGUAUUGCACGUUCUGCAACAAGUUUUCACAAGAAGCAGACUUGUUCGUCGAAACGUGCGGAUUGUGGGACUCCGCGACGGCCCUCCGCGACACGAUCACGGAACCUCGUACGAUCUGCGCCAAGAUCAACACCCCUGUACCGACAGACGCGCCGAGUUCGAGCUCGACGAGUUACAUCAUCAUCAGCGCCAUCGGCGGUGUCAUUGUCCUCGGUGCGAUUGCGUACUUUUUCUUGAAGAAGAAGAACACCAAGUACGAGUCCGACUACCGGUCUGCCGGUGGGUCCCACAUUAACUCGGGCGGGUCCCGCGGCGGAUCCAGUCGAGGGUCGCCCCACUCGACCGGCACGAACCAGCUUACCCAAGUCACGAUGCAGAACGACAUUCGCUUCGACACAGAGCUCGCGCAGUUUCGCAUUCCCCAACAGGAGAUUCAAAACAUUUCGUUGCUCGUCAAGGGCGGGUACGGCGUCGUGUUCCAUGCCACAUUCAACAAAAUCGACGUCGCGAUGAAGCAGCUCCUUCCGUCCAAGGCCAAGGACCAGAACGCGAUUCAGGACUUUAUGAACGAGAUCCGUCUCUGCGCGCGGCUCGAACACCCCAAGAUCGUCAAGUUUGUCGGGAUUUCGUGGUCUACGCUCCAGGAUCUGGCAGUCCUGUCCGAGUUUAUGGCCAACGGCGACGUCACGGGUCUCAUCCGCAAGGAGCGCAAGAAGCCCGACGCCCAACGCCUCCUCCACUGGGUGCCGCACCCCACGUUUGGCACGUCCAAGACCAAGAUCGCGGCCGACGUGAUUGACGCGCUCGUGUACUUGCAUUCGUUCCAGCCCACCGUCAUCCAUCGCGACCUCAAGUCGAAGAAUGUCCUGUUGAGCGACACGUGGGAGGCGAAAUUGAGCGACUUUGGCAUCAGUCGCGUCACGAGCUUGGAAGAAACCAUGACGAGCAACAUUGGGACCGUCGCAUGGAUCGCGCCCGAGGUGCUCACGGGCGGGCGGUACACAGAGAAGGCCGACAUUUACAGCUUUGGCGUGCUCCUCAGCGAACUCGACACACUCCAAGUGCCGUAUGCGGAAAUGCUCGGCAAGUCCAAGGAGAACGGGUUCUCGAACGCCCGCCUCGCCAUGAUGGUGAGCGAAGGCGCGUUGCAGCCUACGUUCACGGACAACAUCCCGUCCCAGCUCCACCAGCUUGCCAAGGACUGCCUCAACUUCCACGACACUGAUCGACCCACUGCCAUGAAGCUGUCGUACCAACUGCAUAGCAUCCUGAAGGAUUUUGAUAGCUUGCAGUUUGCUUAGACCCGGGGAUACGGAUGCAUGUAAUGAAGUAGGAGAGACUGUCUGUGUUCCGC